AUGCAAGCAGAUAAAAGCAAGAAGCAAUACAAAAAAGAGGAGGUAGUAUAGCAUAUAGUUGAUUAACUCCUGCUAUCGAAAACAGAUAAAUAUAAAAACACUUUCGGAAAGCAAUACCAUGACAUAAUAGAUUUAAUUGAUGUGAAAUUAGAUGAAGGAUAUGUGGGAGUAGUUCAUUUCAAGGUAAAAAUGCCCAAAUUUAUGGUCAAUGGAUUUGGUGUUGGUCAUGGAGGAGCUCUUGCCACUUUAACUGAUGUUCUUCCACUAUUUGCAAUUAAUGGAUUUGAUUAGAGACCUGUUUUAUCACUUAAGCUUACUACUGAGUAUCUAAAUUAGACUCCCCUUGAACAGGAUCUACUUGCAAUAGUAAGAAUACAUAAAAUUGGUAAGAAUGCUGCCUUCACAGAUACUACUCUUAUUAACCCUUAGAAUAAUACAAGACUAGUUAAGGGAACAUUGACAAUUAGUUUUGUUGAGAAUAGACCAAAAAUGUGA